GUUUAUUGUAGUUGCAACAACUGUUUGUGUAUUAUGAUAUCAGAGAUCGUUUGUUGCUAGUAUUGUGGUGAAAUACUACUUCAUGUUUUGUUCAGUUGCAUAUUUUUAAGGUUUAGUGAAUCUUGCUUUUAUGUGUGUUUUUAUAUCACAUGUAAUGGGUUGUGCAGUCUGCAAGUUUUUCACCAGAGACAGAGCCAAUCUGAGCUUCUUCGUCGUCAUGAUCUUCUUUCUUCGCGGUGUCCACGGGUAUAAUGCUGAAAGAUAUAUUCUUCAUAAACGAUCGAGGCCGCGUAGCAGCUGCGAGGAACAGUCGGUACCCGAAUUAUCAGCACCACCAAGAUGACUACGAGGAUUUCGACCCUGGGGCACAGCUAGGAGAGGAGUACCUAGCAUACAGUGAUUCAGGACCCAGUCACCAUCCUCCACCAGGCUCCCACACUGCUGUCCCUGAGAAUCUUCCUCACCUGGGCAACAUUUCGGCUAGUGCAGGCAACUGGCAGAGUGUCGCAGGCACUAGGUCCAAGUUUUUCGUGUUUGCCGCCUACUACGAGAGGCGAGGCCAGCGAGCAGUCCGUGUGAUCGCCGCCACCAAGACCCUAGGUCCGGAGCGAGUCUGGUGCCGGCUUUGGUUCCACAACGCCACUUCUUCACAGCCACAGUCAGUCUCCGUACCAGGGAAAGUGAAGGUCAUAAGAGAGAACUGGAAUCUUGAAUAUUCCGCCUGUUUUGUGCUUUGUCCACUGCAUGGGAACCAGUUAGUGCCAGCGUCUGUGUCUGUGGUCAGUCGACUGCGGGUGGCACCAUCUAACCAUCUCCUGGUACACGCCCCUUCUCCUACAGCGAACAUCACUGGGCAGCUGGCCGUCUGUAUCAAACCCCUCCAUCACAACUACAGCCAGACAUUGAAACUGAUUGAAUUCAUCGAACUAAACAGUCUACUGGGUGUCUCACAUUUUUUCUUCUACAACCACACAUGUUCCGCCGAGGUGAGUUGUGUGCUGGCAGACUACGCCGCACGCCACCGGAUCACAGUUCUGCCCUGGCAGCUCGACAUUGCCUCACAGACCGAGAUUCGCACUGAGGGCAUUUUCGCUGCUCUCAAUGACUGUGUGUACCGCACAAUGUAUCGCUUCUCUCACAUCGCACUCAUCGAUCUGGACGAGUUCAUUGUGCCACACAACAGUGAUACGCUGCAAGAACUCAUACAGCGGUUGGGGAAGCAAAUCAAUACAAGGUCAGCAGGCUCCUAUUCCUUCCGGAAUGCCUUCUUCUACCUGCAGUGGCCUGAUGAUAUCCAGGAGUCCGAGAACGUUUUGGACACUCUCGAAACGAAUAUGGUGACACUACGGAAGACGAGACGGAAAGUGCAACUAAACCCACACAGACAACGCAGCAAGUACAUUUGUCGGCCUGAGCUGGUCAUAGAGGCGGGCAACCACUUUGUCUGGGAACUAGUACCUGGUUACAACACUCUCAAUGUUCCACCACACAUGGCCAUCAUGCAUCACUACAGGCUGUGCGAGUCCGGAGGGAACAAUUGUAUCAAUUCCCCAUCUGUGCUGGACAGGACACUUUACCGUUACAGAAGCAGGUUGCUGAUGGCCGUAGGGAAUCAGUGGAACCAAUCAAUGGCGCUCUGCAAUCUCCCUGAGGUUACCUCGGCACCCCUCUCCUGACCACCAUUACCCUCUUGGGACCCCCCAGUUAAAAAGCCCUUCCAGAAUAACCACUGACGCCCAUGCACUCAUGUCUAAAAGCACAUGUUGGUGACACUUACCUAUCAGUUCAGUAAUGUACCUGUUUUCAAUAGUCCACAUGCUUCAGAUACAAUAAUUUGUAAUUCCUUUAUUUUUAAAUGUAGUUCUCUACUUUUAAUACUCUGAGAACCAUAACAUCUUUAAGUACUAUGAUUUGCUUAAUUUUAAACAAUUUAAUUUAAUUUUAUGCAAUAAAUCACACAUAUAAUUCGA